AAAUUCGCAAUGUUUGAUCUCAUUUUAAAGCGGAAAUCAGACACCACAGUUUUCUUUGAUGUUCGGCAGUUCUACAUGACUGCAUUAGUCUCAGUCACUGGCAAUAGGGCACGGAUGAAUGGCUCACCUUGAGGACUGGGAGGAUCUCAUGCAAAUGGAUGGGCUAAAAGGUUGGUAGAUUCUGAAAAGCGUCCAGUCAGUGCCACCAUCAUAGUGAUCGAUGUUUUUCAAGAGUGGACCGGUCCAUGCGCCGCAUUGUUCGGACUUUUUCGAACCCUCAAGGAGGAACUGAACGAUAAAAUGCUGAUAUUUGCAACAGCCUGCGCAGACACGGUGGACUCUUUGGAAAAGUACCGUGGCAGAUCAGAACCAUACUUUCUAUUUUUUGGGGCUACAGUUUUGGUGAAUGUGAUAAAAGGUGUUAAUCCGCCGUUAAUGGAAACGACCAUUAGAGAGAUGUUAAAGAACGAAAAAGAAGCAUUUGCCGGCUUUGUUGCACGCGUUGAGGUAGAAGAUCUAUACUUGAAAGCAAUUGAGGAAGCCAAAGAGGCCGAAGCCAAACGGAAGUCCCUUGAAAUGGAAAUUGACCAGGAGAGUACGCUUGUCAUCAUCUGCCCUCCUUUUGUUGGAACGGAUCAAACGGAUGCCAUUAUCGAACAGUUCACUUCCAAUGAAUUCGAAAUCCUCCUUGAUGAGACGCGACCCCUGGAUGAUGAUAUGAUUGAUGCUGUACUUAACGACGAGAUGGAUGACCCCGACUUUGGCCCUAGACUCAAUGUGAUGUCCAAGGGACCGGCUCGGCUACUGGUAAUCGCUAAGGGACCGCAGGGCGUUCACGAGGCUAUAGUUCCCUACAUUUUGACCGUCGAGCCCGACGGUGAUGAAGCUGCUGCUGCCGAAGGUGAGGAAGAUGCUCCACACACCCCAAUUGAAAGCGCUGUUCGCAAUGCAAUCUAG